UGAAGAUGCAAUGUUUGAGGAUUACAAUAAAUUGCGCGAUGGGUUGGUAAAGCGUUUCCACUUUCUUCAGGGAAUGUUACCAAACGUGUCGGGAACUUUUGCAUUGCAGCCUAAUCCCAAUUAUGAUAAAUACUCUACAAUAAACACUGGUGAAAGUGAUGUCGACAAAGUUGGUUGUUAUGAGCAAUGGAACAAUAACUUUGGCCACCUGGGUUUUUGGAAUUCUCCAUAUGCAAAUAUGUUAAAUGGUACAGACGGUUCAGUUUACAAGCCAGAUAUCUCAAAAGAUGAUAUGCUUUUCAUCUUCAUUAUCCAACUAUGCAGAUCAUUAAAUGUAGAAUAUCUUGAUGAGGUCACAAUUGAAGGCAUUGAUGGAUACCGUUUCCAUCCUCCAAAGUAUUUGUUCCAAAGUGGAAAUAUUAACCCUGAUAACAAAGGUUUUUGUGUUCCAAACUGCUUACCAUCUGGUUUAUUGAGUAUCAGUUCCUGCGUGCCUUUUCAAGCACCAAUUGUUGUGUUCCCACACUUUCUCAAUGGUGACAAGUCACUAAAAAUGAUUCACGGAUUAUCGCCCAACGAAGAAAAACACGACACUUUUCAGUCUGAACCAAACACCGGCAUUCUUUUACAAGCCUCAAAGAGGAUACAGUUUAAUAUUCAGGUUGAUCCAAUGGCAGGAAUACAAGACUUGGAAAACGUUAAAUCUGCCCAAAUACCAAUUAUGUGGAUUGACGAGCAUGUUCGUAUUGACUCAUCAAAUGCCCAGAAAAUAAAGAAGAAUGUCCUGAACAAUUUAGAAAUUAUCAAGUGGGUUGAACUUGGGUUAAUUAUUCUUGGUGGUUUGAUGGUAUUGAUUGCAAUUAUAUUGUUCAUAAGAUUAGCUUGUUCAAAAAACAAUGAAACUAGAUUGAAACUGCUUGCAGAAAAAACAAGAAGACUAUGGUACUAA